ACUCGCCACUUUGUGGACCACCGCAAUGUAAAGCUACUGGCUGGAGCAGGUGGAAAAGGGGCCUGCACCUUCCACAGUGAGCCCCGGAAAGAGUGGGGUGGACCGGACGGAGGGAAUGGAGGAGAUGGUGGGAACAUCAUCAUCAAAGGUGGGUCAGAGACACCAUCACUCUCAUGUGUUGCACUAUUCCCAAACAGAACUGUUUAUACAUUGUUUAUAAUCUGGUGACAAAGUGUUGGUCUUCUGAGUUGCUCUGGUUUGGUUAUUCAGAUCAACGUUUUGAUCAUCAGGAGAUCCACAAUAGGCUCAUAAUUUCACACAAAGAUAUAAUCAGGCCGAAUAACAUUUUUAAUUUGUAGGGAUUUUUUAACCAGGACAUGGAGACGGUUUUCGGAUGCAUACUUCAAGCCCUCAAGUCCUAUAUCUGUUAUUUGCUUGCCUCCAGUUGACCGGCAGGUGAAAUCCCUGGCGCAGGUUGCCCCUGUUUACAAAGGAGACGACGGCGAUUCAGGAGGCAGUAAGAACUGCUACGGACGCAACGCCAGCACAACCUACAUCGCUGUGAGUUAGUUCCCAUGACUACAGCUGGGGUGUUCAUAUAAGAGCUAGGGGCUCUUAUAUGAACAAUGUUUUUUAUUACUUUCAUUUUGCCAUGUAAUUGCCACGUAAAUACCAGAUACCAAAAUGUUGACUGUAAAAUACAGUGUAACUGAAUGUUGUAUGGUGUUUUGGGACGGUGCAGGUGCCAGUGGGCACGGUGGUGAAGGAGCAGGGGAAGACUGUGGCAGACCUCUCCCAGCACACCCAGGAGUACGUGGCUGUGUUUGGAGGGGCGGGGGGAAAGGGGAACCGCUUCUUCCUGUCCAAUGAGAACCGCGCCCCCAUGACGGCCACCCCGGGAGAGAGGGGACAGGAGAGGGUCCUCCAGCUGGAGCUGCGCACCAUGGCCCACGCCGGACUGGUGAGACACGGAAGAGGGACUAACUCCACUGACUAGGCCUUGUUGGUUACAAUAAUAUUGUACAAAUAUAAAUUGUAUGUACUCUAUUCCCCAAAAAUGUAUAACAUUUUCUUGAUUUACCUGUUUGUUUGUGUUUUCCACUCCAGGUUGGGUUUCCCAAUGCAGGGAAGUCUUCCCUUCUAAGGGCCAUCUCCAAUGCCAGGCCUGCUGUGGCUGCCUACCCCUUUACCACCCUCAACCCCCACGUGGGCAUUGUCAACUACAGGGACCAUGAGCAAGUGGCAGGUAAUGGAGUUUUUGAUCUUCGUGUUGUAUAUUAUGUUGGGCACAAAGGUUGGUCUUGUAGUUUACCGUCCUUUCCCUGUGUCUAGUGGCUGACAUUCCUGGUAUCAUCUGUGGGGCCCAUCUGAACCGAGGCCUGGGGAUCUCCUUCCUGCGCCACAUUGAGCGCUGUCGCUUCCUUCUCUUUGUUCUGGACCUGUCCUCCCCAGAACCCUGGACCCAGCUCCAGCAACUGCGCUACGAGCUGGACAUGUAUGAGCCCGGCCUCUCCCACCGACCCCACGCUAUCAUAGCCAACAAAAUGGACCUGCCUGGGGCUCGGGGAAACCUGGAGGCCCUCCGGUGCCACGUGGCCCACAGGGUGAUCCCUGUGUCCGCCCUCACUGGCCAGAACACAGAGGAGCUGAUCCUCCACCUCAGGGAGCUAUAUGAUGGCUACCUACUGACCCAUGGACAGGGCAGUGGGGAGGACAUGCCCAUCAGGUGGUAG